AUCCUGCUGUUGUUUCACAAGUUUAUGGUGGACAGUGAUGUAGUGGGAUGCUGCUGGAUUGAACUUCCCAAAUGCAAGUACAGCGUCCGUGAAGAGAAGAGCUCAGCGAACCCAGUUUCUCAGACCCCAAGCAAGGUUUCUUUGUGUCAGUAUGAAGUUGAUGUUGGAUGGACAGACUUCAUAAGUCCCCCUGCAGAGGGAGAAUGGCAGAAGAUCGCUCCACUUAGGGUGCUUAGCUUUGACAUAGAGUGUGCAGGAAGAGAAGGAAUUUUCCCUGAACCAGAUAAAGACCCAGUGAUUCAGAUCGCCUCGAUGGCUAUGGCAGGUGAGACCGAGCCGUUCAUUCGCACAGUGUUCACCCUCCAGUCCUGCGCCAGCAUCGUUGGCUCUCAGUUAUUAUGCUUUACUCAGGAGAAAAAGCUUCUUCAGAGCUGGGCAGAGUUCUUGAGGACCGUGGACCCAGACAUCAUCACUGGAUACAAUAUCCAGAACUUUGAUUUUCCCUACCUGCUCAACAGAGCGGCUGCUUUGAAGGUUGGAUCUUUUCCAUACUUGGGCCGAAUGCAAGGCGUCCAAUCAGUUUUGCGAGAGUCAAGUUUCCAGAGUAAGCAGAUGGGACGCAGGGAGAACAAGACCAUCAACAUGGAGGGCCGAGUUCAGUUUGAUCUGCUGCAGGUUCUUCUAAGGGAUUACAAGUUGCGCUCCUAUACGCUGAACGCCGUGAGUUUCCAUUUUCUGCAAGAACAGAAGGAGGAUGUACAACACUCCAUCAUCACUGAUCUGCAAAAUGGAAAUGAACAAACACGACGUCGUUUGGCAGUGUACUGCCUGAAAGACGCCUACCUACCGCUCCGUCUGCUGCAGAAACUGAUGUGCGUGAUUAACUACAUGGAGAUGGCCAGAGUGACGGGAGUUCCUCUCACUUACCUGCUCUCAAGAGGACAGCAGAUCAAAGUGGUCUCUCAGCUGUUGCGACAGGCUAUGAAACAGGACCUGGUAAUGCCUGUUGUGAGGACCAAGGGGGGAGAAUACUACACAGGAGCAACAGUCAUUGAGCCAGAGAAAGGAUACUACAACAUUCCUAUCGCCACCCUGGACUUUUCCUCCUUGUAUCCGUCCAUCAUGAUGGCUCACAACCUGUGCUACACCACCUUGUUGCAGAAAGGCUCUGCUGAGAAACUUGGGCUGUCACCAGAUGACUUCAUCAGGACUCCUACGGGUGAUCAGUUUGUGAAGAGCUCUGUGAGAAAAGGUCUUCUUCCAGAGAUACUGGAGAACCUGCUGUCUGCCCGAAAGAGGGCUAAAGCAGAGCUAAAGAAGGAAACCGACCCUUUCAAGAAACAGGUGCUGGAUGGUCGUCUGCUAGCCCUGAAAAUCAGUGCAAAUUCUGUGUACGGCUUCACUGGAGCCCAGGUGGGCAAACUGCCCUGCUUGGAGAUCUCACAGAGUGUCACUGGUUUUGGAAGACAGAUGAUUGAAAAAACCAAACAGCUGGUGGAGUCCAAAUAUACAAUUUCUAACGGCUACCAAGCUGAUGCCAAGGUGGUUUAUGGGGACACAGACUCCGUCAUGGUCAAACUCGGUGUCUCCACCGUAAAGGAAGCCAUGGAUAUUGGGAGGAAAGCAGCUGAAUGGGUGUCGUCCCAUUUUACACCACCCAUCAUAGAGUUUGAGAAGGUGUAUUACCCAUACCUGCUGAUCAAUAAGAAGCGCUACGCAGGCCUGUAUUUCUCCUCCAGUUCAGACACGCAUGACAAGAUGAACUGUAAAGGCAUCGAGACAGUCCGCAGAGACAACUGCCCUCUAGUGGCCAAUCUUAUCAACACUUGUCUACAAAUGAUCCUCAUUGACAGGGAUCCUCAAGGUGCUGUGGAUCAUGCAAAGGAAGUGAUUUCAGACCUGCUGUGCAAUCGCAUUGACAUCAGUCAGCUGGUCAUCACUAAAGAGUUGACGCGUACAGCCCAGGAGUACGCUGGCAAGCAGGCACACGUGGAGCUGGCUGAAAGGAUGAGGAAAAGAGAUACAGGUAGUGCCCCAAACCUGGGUGACAGAGUUCCCUACGUUAUCAUCAAGGCUGCAAAGGGAGCAGCAGCUUACAUGAAGUCAGAGGACCCGAUCUAUGUGCUGGAGAACAAUAUCCCCAUCGACACACAAUACUACCUGGAGCAGCAGCUGUCCAAACCCCUACUGAGAAUAUUUGAGCCUAUCCUGGGGGACAAGGCGGAGAGUGUCCUUCUAAAGGGCGACCACACUCGCUGUAAGACCGUGUUGACCUCGAAGGUUGGAGGUCUCAUGGCAUUCGCCCAGAAGAGAAGCACCUGCAUCGGCUGCAAAGCUGUGCUCAAAACUGAUGCGGCUGUGUGUGAUUUCUGCAAAAAGAAGGAGUCUGAACUUUAUCAAAAAGUGAUCUUCCACCUGAACGCGUUGGAGGAGCGUUUCUCCCGUCUGUGGACUCAGUGCCAGCGCUGCCAGGGUUCGCUGCAUGAAGAUGUGCUCUGCACCAACCACGAUUGCCCAAUCUUCUACAUGAGGAAGAAGGUUCAGAAGGAUCUGGAUGACCAGAGCAAGCUAGUGUCUCGAUUCAGAUGGUGAUAAACCCAUAUCCUGAAGGCGAAGUCGGACUCUGAUCCUCUACCUGUAUGUUCUGUCUUUUAGUGCCUGUAAAAAUGCCUACAUAACGUUUUUUUCUAUGAAUACAUUUACUUGUAGUGCCUUUUUGUAAAAUAAAGCGAAACAUCUAGUUUUUG